CAACGCCCAACAACCCGCAUCCGCCCCGACGCCCCUCGUCCUGCCGCCCCGGAUCCCAUCCCUCUGGCGUCUACACCACCGUCUCGUCCGGAAUAUCUGCCAUUGGACAUAGACGACCAAGAACAACGGUUAUCGCAAGCCCUCUCACACGCCCCCAAAAACCGUCACCAUGUCCACAUCCGUCGGUGUCAACGUCCUCCGGUGGUCCGCACUCGGCCUGGGUGUCUUUUAUGGUGCCUACCACCAGCUUUCGCUGUCUGCCGCCGACCGGGCAAAGGCCGCACAAAAGGAGUGGGACCACAAGCAGGCGUUGAUCAGACAAGCAAAGGAGCAAUGGGCACGAGACCACCCUACAGAACAACCAAAAUCAUCGGGAGCCAAGGCCGACCCAAAAGACCCCAAUGCCGAUCUACACGCCCUCCUCGGCAUAACCGACAAAUAAGCCUAGUCAAAGAAGGCUUCAUGUUUCCUACCCUAGCAUGGACAUAAUGCGGCUGUCCCCUUUUGCCAAGCCCAGAGGACGAUUGGGAGAGGAGGGGGAGAGAGACAGAAAGGACAACUAGUCAAUAGUCGUACGACAUCUACGAGAUACCAAUCUCCCGGUACUUUUGUGCCUUUUUUGUACAACAUAGACGUCGGGUUGAUAACGUUUUCAAAUACACAUGCUUCAAGUUUGAAUGAUGGCGCCCGUUG